AUCGCUAGAUGCCUUGCCUCCAUGGGUCUCAGUCGGAGGUGAAGAGCUCGGGUCUAGCUCCACUGGCCGUCAUAAAGGUGGGGCGUGUCAGAUAUUAAAAAGUGCAAGCUUUAGCGCAUUAACGCGCAGCAACACAGAUUUCAUCAGCUCAGCUGGAUUUAAUGCCCAGGCACAUGCUUCUCCCGGUGCGCUCACGGUUUGAAACUUCUCUCCGGCGACCCUCGAGAGGCAGGGAGGGAAACUGGAGGCACGCAGAAGGGUUGGCCUCGAAUCAGACCCGAAAUGUCCAAGGUCGUCGCCCUCAUGCGGCCGAACUCACGUGGGUCAGACCUUCAGCAGACAUACUGCGCUGAUUACGAUGUACAGUAUAGAAAUAUAAGAUUCUCGACUUCUCCAAGUAGUCGAAGGUCGACGACCUCUUCAGACUGAUGAUGCACUGAAAUUCAACUCAUGUCGCUUUCUCCACUGAUAAAAAUAGAGGCCAGACUUAAAUAAUGGCAGGUAUUGUAUAAUUUCCUCUAGGACCUUUUCGGUAGGUACGAGGGGCAUGACAAGCUUCAAGGUGUUCGAAUCCUAGACACGCAAAGCGAGUCGCGGAACUGACAAGGGCAGCAGCUCCAACACAACACGAAGGGAGAUUUCAGUCACGAGCAUUCAGUUGUUCUAGGAGAUGAUCACGAGGCGAUUCUUUGGACCCGUGUCGAGAGGGUUUACGGAGGGGAGGCUCUCCACCAGAACCGCGCACCGCUUUCAGUUUUGCCCUGACGAUUUGCAGGAGAUCAGAUUAGUUGCUCGAGCGUGGCAGUGCGGAAAAUCAGAAUGAAAGCUCGAACCGUACCGUGGGUUUGAUGUAACUCCUGGCAGAAGACGUGUUCUAAGCGAUUGGUUGUCUCGAGUAAUCGCAUCGUGAGAUCAUUUGGAUCAUGGCGAAACAAGCCGUAGCUCGCUGAGAGCUGGUUUGCAGUCUGGUGCAUCGAACCGCAGCGUUCAACGACAAGUCGGCCGUCGAUUGAUUUGCAGCUCGACACGGUCAGUGGCUGCUUCUGCUGCUGCUGUGUGCUGUGACAUCUCUCCGUGGUAUUGGAUAUCCCCUGCAAUGGAUGCCAGACGCACCGAAUUCAUACUCAGUGUGCUAUUACUGUCGACGUUGUUGCUCUCGAGCACAGUCGCCAGAACGGAAGGAAGAGUGUCGCCCUCGAGGGAAGACGAGCAGCUCCGAGACGCAGUCAGAGAGGUGUACAAGACAGCUUUGUAUGAUCUGCAAGCUUGUGCCGGGGAAGACCGCCACGCUUUUUGCUGUCCUGCAGCGAUGAAUCUGAUCACCGCUGAGACGGGGCUCAAGCACUGCGAGCUGUACGCAAGAUUCUUAUUCACCCGCGGCUUGAUUUUCCUCUGCGAGAAGCGUACAAUUGAGCAAAAUUGUCCAAGGCUGUUGGUCAAACAGCAUUUGAGGACAGAUAUCAAGCGCUUGAAGUACUAAGGCAGAGACCUUCUCUUUCUCUUCUGCUCUCCAUCUUCCAACGGAAGGUUUACAUGAACGAGCUCCUCUGCCACCUCCUCAAAAGUGUACAUACUUCUUUCGAGUCCAUAUUUAGGACUGAUCAAUAAAAGUUGAUGAGGUCCUUCUAUUCACCGUCGACACUCUCCACGUUCGUUCUCGACGGGAAUCGUCACUUGUGAAUUGUAUUGGUCACAUGCGCAUGUGGUCUACAUGUCUCGAGCAAUCGAUCCACUUCUUUACUUCCAAAGUCCUUUCCUCCUGGGGAUUAGAAUCUACCUGUUUUUCUAGUCGGGCCAGUCUUUGAGUCGAACUCGCAUGGGCCUCAAUUCUGCUGGUCUUGAGAAACGCAAUUGAUUGACCGCUCGGAUUUUAACUUUCUGAUAAGCCCUGUAGUGAAUCACAUCAGACCUGAGAGAAGUGCAGGCAUGUAUCCGGGCAUGGAGACCCUCUGACUUCUUCAUAUGUUUUCACGAUGAUAAUUGAUUUACGAACUGAUGGACCCGAAGAUGGACAUAGAUCAUUUGGAAGCUUUUGUAAUCGGAGAACCCGGGGAAGUGACCAUAAGAAGUAAUAACCAAGUGACGACCGUAGCUUGUCUGCGAACAAGAUUAUUUUAGAGCUCUACUGACUACUUGAUGCACACUGUCUUCACAGCAUGAGAUCUUGAGCGUGUUUGAUCAUUUUCACAUGGCUUGAAUCACCCAAGAAUGCUGGAGUCUGGAACAGAGUGUGCAAGACUGUAGUACAAUACUGGCCUGGCUGAUAUUCUGCAAAGGAGAGAGUUGUGCAAUAUGUUCUCUCAACUUUUUCCUCCCAGAGAGACCAUCUGAGACCAUCAUUGUGUUUCGAUGAACGUUCGUGUCCUCGCUGGAGUGUUGACUUAUUACGAGACAUUGGUCGGACUGUGAAUGAAGUUUAAGAAUGUAGUUUGAGAUUGAAUGAUGCAGUGAGAUGUACGGAGAACUGAUCUGUUUGUGAUCUACUCCAACUUAAACUUGUGCAGUGCUCGG